AUGGGUCAGAAGUCGAAAGACACACUGGCCGUGCGGCCACAGAGCCGCUCUGGGCGCUCGCGCAGUCGUUCUCCCAAACCCAAGAGCAAGCCUUCAACGGUGCCUCAAAGCUAUGCCUCGGAGGGAGUGAAGAACAAUGACAUCUUCCAACUACCCGGCUCGGACUACAAACUUAUCGUCUUGGUGACUCUGAUUGCCACGGCUGUUCGUCUAUUCAGAAUUUAUCAGCCCACUAGUGUGGUCUUUGAUGAAGUCCACUUCGGUGGUUUUGCAUCUAAGUAUAUCAAGGGAAAGUUCUUCAUGGAUGUCCACCCUCCGCUGGCUAAACUGUUGCUUACACUGGCCGGCUGGCUGGCCGGUUUUGACGGUAACUUCGACUUCAAGGAUAUUGGCAAGGAUUACCUGGAACCCGGUGUGCCUUAUGUGGCGAUGCGCAUGCUUCCAGCUAUUCUUGGUGUAUUGACUGUUCCCCUGAUGUUCCUGACCCUCAGAGUCACCGGGUGCCGGAGCUCGACCGCUGCCCUGGGUGCUGGUCUUGUUAUCUUUGACAAUGCAUUGGUCACUCAGUCCCGCCUGAUACUCCUUGACUCGCCAUUGAUUUUCUUCACCGCUCUUACCGCUCUAGCCUUCAGCUGCUUCACCAACCAACAGGAACUUGGACCGGCCUACGCCUUCCGCGGACCGUGGUGGUUCUGGUUGGUUGCUACGGGUCUCUCUCUCGGCGCAACCCUGAGCGUCAAGUGGGUUGGUCUCUUCACUAUGGCGUGGGUUGGGUCUCUCACAGUUCUCCAAUUGUGGGUACUUUUGGGUGACUCCAAGACUGUCACUCCACGCCUGUGGUUGAAGCAUUUCUUCUCUCGCGUUUUCUGUCUCAUUGUUAUUCCUGUGGGCUUUUACCUUGCCAUGUUCGCUAUCCAUUUCACAUGCUUGGUCAACCCCGGAGAAGGCGAUGGGUUUAUGUCGUCGGAAUUCCAGGCGACAUUGAACUCCAAGUCUAUGCAAGAUGUGCCCGCAGAUGUUUCCUUUGGAUCCCGGGUCAGCCUGCGCCAUCUGAACACCCAGGGUGGAUAUCUGCACUCCCACCCUCACAUGUAUCCAACUGGCAGCAAGCAGCAGCAAAUCACGCUCUAUCCCCACAAGGAUGAGAAUAACCUGUUCCUCUUGGAGAACUCCACUCAGCCUCUUGGGCCGUAUGGUGAGGUCGAGGGUCCCUUCGCCUGGGACAACCUGACUGCUCCUGGUUUCAUCGAAGAUGGAUCGAUCAUCAGACUUUACCACUCAAUCACUCACCGAAGAAUUCACUCCCAUGACGAGCGUCCUCCGGUGACCGAGGCUGACUGGCAAUACGAGGUUUCUGCCUAUGGAUACGAAGGCUUCGCUGGUGAUGCCAACGAUUUGUGGAAAGUUGAGAUUGUUCCUUCGUUGUCUGAGACACCAGAGUCCAAGAAGCGCCUGCGCACCAUUCAGUCCAAGUUCCGACUGGUGCACGUCAUGACCGGCUGUGUCCUGUUUUCCCACAAGGUCAAGCUUCCGGAUUGGGGAUGGGAGCAGCAGGAAGUGACCUGCGCAAAGGGCGGUACCCUUCCCAACAGUGUUUGGUACAUUGAGUCCAACCAGCACCCCGCGAUGCCCGCAGACGCCGAGAGAGUCAACUACCGUAACCCGGGCUUCUUGGGCAAAUUCUGGGAAUUGCAGAAGGUUAUGUGGACCACCAACGCCGGCUUGGUUGAGUCUCAUGCCUGGGAUUCUCGCCCACCUUCUUGGCCGACCCUCCUCCGCGGUAUCAACUUCUGGGGCAAGGAUUACCGUCAAAUCUACCUUCUUGGAAACCCGCUGAUCUGGUGGUCAAGCACUUUGGCUAUUGGCAUCUACUUCAUUUUCAAGGCUCUCUCCGUUAUUCGUUGGCAACGAAGCUGCGGUGACUACAAGCACGUUUCGUUCAAGCGCUUUGAUUACGAGGUGGGCACCAGUGUUCUGGGUUGGUUCUUCCAUUACUUCCCCUUCUAUCUCAUGGCUCGUCAACUCUUCUUGCACCACUACCUUCCCGCACUCUACUUCGCCAUUAUGGUUCUCUGUCAAGAACUUGAUUUCCUCACCAACCGUGUUAAGAGCCUCGGCCUUGUGUCCAGGCCUGCGAUUGGCAAGACUUUGAUGGCGGCCUUCUUGGGUCUCAGUAUUGUUGUCUUCACUCUUUAUGCGCCCCUCGUGUACGGCAAUCCCUGGACCAAGGAUGCUUGCAACAAAGUGAAGCUCCUGGGAUCCUGGGACUUCGACUGUAAUACUUUUCACAGUGACUUGAGCGAAUAUGUCACUCAAUACGUGCCGAACGUGUCACCUGUUGCUGCCCCUACAACUGCAGCCCAGGCACCCCCACCACCACCCGUUCAGGUACAGGAGCCUGCCCCAGCAGGCGAAGCUGCCGAGGUCUCUGAGCCAGCGGCCGUGACCGCACCUAAGAUUCAAGGCUCCAUGGCCCGUGUCGAGUACCGUGACCAAAAUGGCAAAGUCCUUGACGAGAACCUAGUCGCCUCGCUCCGGGCGGAAGGUAAAGUGAAGUUCGAGACACGCUAUGAGCCUGGCCACAAGAUGGAGAACGCACAUGAAGUUCCCAUCGUCGAUGGCCAGCUUGCACCCCCGCACCCGGACGUGCAGGGCCAAAAUCCCGAAACUGGCAGCUUGCCUGAGGACUCUGUGCCUCCCGAAAGUCCUGCCUCCGUGGCUGAUGGCAAUGAGCGCUCCGUCGAGCGUCCAAGCUCCAUGGGGGCCAAGCCUGCUAGUGAGGGCAAUGAAGCUACCAAAUAG